AUGUAUAAAUGAUACUGGUAACGUUAUGGCUACUUAGAAAUACGGGCAGUUUUUCAUGAUGUAUAAUGUAAGCAAUUUGAAAUAUGUCGUUGGGGCUGAUAAGCUCUUUGCAGGCCCACCCUUGGGCAGUGCUGAGGUCAAGUGAGAUUGGACAAUGGGGAAUGGACUGUUAUGGAUUCAGCAAUUUUUCUCCAAAGACUUGGAUCUAUUACUAUGGACUUCAUUUUACUCACUGACUUUUGUAUUUUUCUCACAAUGAGGGGUUAUUUUGGGAACACAAUGUCACAAUUUUUCCGCUACUUUGUUAGUUAAUGACCAAUAGGCGUGGCCAGGCUACAAAUUCCUCCUAGCAGUUGCCACUGACCAAUCAUAUGUAAGAUGGGAGGGGCUUUAUGUACUUAACCGAGCAUCACUGUGUGGAUUGUUACACUUGAUAAAGAGCCUUUGAAGCUCGAAACAUGUCGUGUGGAGAAUAAAGGACACAUCAGCAGCAAUUGUGCGCUUCAUGGUAUCAUUAUCCCUACACUCUACUUACUUUUCUGAAUUAUGCUCUGGGUGGGAGCAAGGGCAGACGAUACCGAAGUUUUGUGAAAGGGCUUUACUGCACCAGUCUUUUGCUUUACUACUGUGGAUCCAUCCAACAUUGGUGUAGCCCUAUACCAAUAUUGGUAUAAUGACCGAACCUGAUCAAGCAUCUGAUCUAUGUUGUGCCUCCACAUUCGUAUAUAGUGAUGAGGAUAUCCAAAGGAUACUUAAAAAUAUAGAAGAAGGAGAAAUACCCCUAAGCGGAUCGACAGUGGCAUGUGACAUUAAGAAGGAACUACUAAAUCUGCAAAAGAAAGAGAUCAGCCUGAAUCUACAUGUCGUCUCGUUAGCACAGUAUGUAAGGGCUAAGCGCAUACCACGUGGGUUACGAGUUGAUUUGAAACCUAAUCUGUGCGCGGAGGAUCCAAUACUUAUACAAAGAUGGCAAGAAAUAUGUAAUAAAUGCAGCCUUGAUCUUAUUCUUACCGUAGAACGGCUACAGGCUAAAUUGUGUGACAUCCGGUCUAAGAUCGGUGAAGCGAAAGAACAAAUCUCGCGAGACAAAGGGGCGGAGCAAGCGGCGUCCAUCUUCAAAGACCACGAGGAGAUACUGAGCAAACAUCGAGAGAUUAUUGCGGAACGCAAACAUUCCAAGUUCGAGCGCGACGCUCAAGACUAUCGCCUGAACCAGGUAUACACGUGGAGGGAAGACCGCAGGAACCAGAGGCAGCAGCAAUACUCACCCCAAAAAAGAAACGCGUUGCCGUGGAGACAAAGAGGAACCGGAAGGUACAGCAGGGGAGCACCCAGGGGACGCCAAACACAGAGGGAGUGCCCAGAUACUUACAGGAGCACACCAAGGGAAGAUUCAAGCAGCAGUGACUUCAGCAGCACGGGUUUUUUAAGCCAGGACUAUCUCCCACAACCAGCAAGGAAGAAAAAUCCCCGUGCACCUAUUCAAAGGGAGAGCUAUCCGAGCAGGCAGAAAGACAAGAGAUAGUGCUGCCCUUUGAUUUGAUUUUCUACCGGCUGGUAAGAUGAAAUAUGUAUAAAUGAUACUGGUAACGUUAUGGCUACUUAGAAAUACGGGCAGUUUUUCAUGAUGUAUAAUGUAAGCAAUUUGAAAUAUGUCGCUGGGGCUGAUAAGCUCUUUGCAGGCCCACCCUUGGGCAGUGCUGAGGUCAAGUGAGAUUGGACAAUGGGGAAUGGACUGUUAUGGAUUCAGCAAUUUUUCUCCAAAGACUUGGAUCUAUUACUAUGGACUUCAUUUUACUCACUGACUUUUGUAUUUUUCUUACAAUGAGGGGUUAUUUUGGGAACACAAUGUCACAAUUUUUCCGCUACUUUGUUAGUUAAUGACCAAUAGGCGUGGCCAGGCUACAAAUUCCUCCUAGCAGUUGCCACUGACCAAUCAUAUGUAAGAUGGGAGGGGCUUUAUGUACUUAACCGAGCAUCACUGUGUGGAUUGUUACACUUGAUAAAGAGCCUUUGAAGCUCGAAACAUGUCGUGUGGAGAAUAAAGGACACAUCAGCAGCAAUUGUGCGCUUCAUGGUAUCAUUAUCCCUACACUCUACUUACUUUUUUGUUCUUAGAUCUACCAUGCAGCUGUUAUCUUGUGUUAGGGAGCUGCUAUCUGGUUACCUUCCCA